AUGGCAACAAUUACUAUAGAUGGUAGUGUAUCCUUUAUCUCUGGUAGUACAACGGAAGGUGCUGCUUAUGCGCGUCAUCUUGUACAACAAUCAAUGCAAGAUUUUGAUUUCAUGUUAGUUGAAGGGACAAUAACCUCACAGGAAUGUCUACUAAAAUUAAAUAUAGGGGGAUUUGUUCAAAUUCAAUAUGAUGAUGGAACAAAUGUUAAACAACUAACUAAAAUACCAUUUCCAACAAAGCGAAAUCGAAAUGGAGUGUUAUGUAUAAAUGGUUUUAAAAUGAAAGAAAAAUAUUGUGGAGCAUAUUCGAUUUCAUUUUUUCCAACAUCAACGCUUACUGCUACUGGUCAAACAACGGUCAAUUCAGCAAGUACUGAGGUAAAAUAUAAGAGUAAUUCAGCGACAACGUCACUU